AAUUCUCUAAAGUUCCCAUGUCUGCUCCAACUAGGCAGCUCGGAAAGCUAUCAAUUGGAGGCAUGCCGACCACUCGAGCACAGACCCAACGAGGAGCCAGCGUUCCUUAUGAAACUGAGCCUCGUUCUGAUAGUGAAUCUGAGGAAGAAACCUCGAGCAGCGAUGAAGAAGUUCCUUCUCAACCGAUUGCGAGAGUGGUUCGCGGAUCCACGAACAUCCCUUACGAUUUGGGAGGGCUCUCUCCAGCGGCGAGAGGGCGAGUUAUGCAUGGCUUAAAGGGUGAAUUCGUUGUCGAUAGAUGCUGUGCUACACGGAGAGGCUUUGAUUUCGAUGUGGCAGACCAUGGUCGCGUUGGACUCAAUGACGGCUCUCUGGUAUGCUCAUGUCGUGACUUUGGGCAAACGAACCUUGCAUGUCGCCAUAUUUAUUGGCUUGUAGAUCAACUGCACCGAGGAUUUUAUCCUGGGCUUCCUCCGCAAGCCGUGCGAAUGUCGGAGACAGGAGAAACGCAGUUCUUCUCGCGUAUAGCCGAGAUGCUGGGGGAUAAGAUAGAAGAAAUUGCCAAGAAGCGUAGCUGGCCAUACUUCCCUGGAGUGACCUCUCCUGCGGAUUCGAGCAACGGUGGGCCAGAAUCGAUGAGUCGCCCUCAGAAAGCCCGCGACAUCCUCUCCGCGUUCAGCAAGUCAGCCAUGCCUGACGAGUUUCGGCCGGAUCUCGUUGAGACUAUUAAUCAACCUCGGACCCCAGAACAGUGUGUGGUGCAAGGGGAUUUUGAAGCUACUAUGUUUCGUCUCGCUGUUCAUGACGAGAAUGUUUAUUCUGGCCUUCGCAAGGUCAUGCCCUCAGGAGCGCGAGCAGAUAUCUUCUUCGACAAAAUCCAAGCUAGAAUUCGAAUUUUGUUUGCUGAAUUUGACCUAUAUCGGGAGACUGGCGCCGUGCGCCGGGAUGGUACUGCAUUGGAGAUCCCAGUGGUCGUUGAGGAGCUGAAAGGGAGACUUGAUCAGAUUCAACGCAAUAUCCUCGCUCGCUCUCCACACGGUUCAAUUGGUGCCGCUGAAGCGCUGAUCCACUUGCUGCGCGAAGUUUCCACUCGAAACUACGAUGCUUUUGAAGACGCCGACUGGGACCGCCCAGUUCCUGCUGGAGAACAAGAGGAAGAGCGGAAUCUAUACCUACAACUUAUCGACCAGUCCGGCCACACGGACUCAUUCUUCGUCCUCGACUGCCUUGAAAUUCUGCCCGAUUUAGUUGUGCGCCAAUGGACCCCACAGCUGGCAGCUAUUUUCAACGCAAUUCAUGCGAACGGUGCCUCGCUUUCAUACUUGCGCAAAUUGCAGGCAUUGAAAGCUGGGGUAUCUGGUCACAAGAGGCCUGCUGCGGGCUUGCCCGGAACCGACAGGAAGAGAACAAAAUAAAUUCAGUCCAUUUGAAUACGUUCUAAGGGAAUAAACAAUUUCAUGUUGACCGCAAGAGUGCGCGAAAGAAUAUAGAUGAAAAAUAAAAGUAUACUACGGACGUGUCGCUGCUCGAUGGAAACGACUAUUUUGCCUGUCCUACCUUCGUCAACGUCCACGAUAUUCGGUUGAUCAAUGCAAACAAAAAAGAACAAGAUAAAAGAUAUGACAAGCGAGGAUGAGAUGAAGUUCAAGGAAGCAGAGAAUCAGGCCUUUAAGCUGGCUUUAAGGUCUGUAUGAUGAUGUGUUUCCAGGUAUUUUCAUCAUAAUCAACCGCGCGGCAGGAGUUUGAUUUGUUUUCUAGACAUUUUCCUUUCGGUUUCAUGUGUCUUAAUUCCGAUGCAACCAAGCUGGCCUUGUGGUUUAUGGAGUAAGCUACGCUUACUGUUUUCUAUAUUUGGAUAAUCGUUAAUAUAAUAUGGAAUCAUAUCCAGGAUUAUAGUUUCA